AGUUUCCAAGAUGACAAGGAGUUUGUUUCAAGCAACUCCAUUGGUUAUUGCUUGUUCUUCAGCUUGGAAUGGAAAAAAGUGUAUCGCUUUUAGGAAAUGUUGUAGCUUGAAAGUUACUAAGAAAAUGAGAAUUGCACCCAGUCUUGUUGUACUAUCCCAGGGGGAACUCUUCCAGUUUCCGACCCACGUUGAAGAGGAAGAAGGAAUUUUUGUUGAAGAUGUUCACUUUGCUUGGUCCAAGACGCGACCACAAAUACUACCAGGAAUCUCGUUUCAAGUACCGAAAGGACAGUUUUGUAUGAUACUAGGAAGUAAUGGUUCAGGAAAAUCAACUCUUUGUGAAGUUCUUUAUGGUUCACUUCUUCCUCAUAAAGGAUGCAUUCGAACAGCACAGCCUAUAGCUCUUAUUCAUCAAAGUCCCGAUGACAAUCUCGUUUUUCCUACUGUAGAUACGGAGUUUACGUGUUGUAUACGCAAUGAGACAAAACAAAGAAAAGAAGAGUUGGCUAGAAGUGCUCUUCACCGAAUAGGUUUAGAACAUUUGUAUUAUUCUAGAGUCGAUAGCCUGAGUGGUGGAGAGAAACAGAGAGUGGCUGUCGCCUCUUUGUUGUUACUGAAUCCAGCCGUCUUAAUAUUGGAUGAACCAACAGCUUCUAUGGAUGCGUCAAGUAGGGAAGACUUUCUGUAUCUAGUAAAAGCUCUUGUUAGUGAGAAGAAUAUGACAGUAUUGUGGGUCACUCAUUUAUUAGAAGAGCAAAGUUAUGCUGAGCGUUUACUCAGAAUUCAAUCGGGUAAAAUCGUAUACGAUAGUGAACCCAAAAGAGAUAUAACAACGCCGCUAACCAAGGUAAACAAGGUAACAACUAGACUUGGUUAAUAUUUUCGUUAAACCAACUCCAUAA